UAAAACGAGGUAACGGACUGAAAGUGAGGUUAGUCUGGAGUCACGGCUGGGACAGGAAGCACGUGACUCCUGAGAGGGGAGUUUGGGCCAAAGCCUCAUUAUACUUGCUGAACGGGUGGCAGCCCUGCCACAAGCGGCAUCUGGAAGCUGGACCCCUGGCCACCCUCCUUCCCCAUCGCAGCCACGCCCUUUAGCAGAUGACAGGCGGUUCUCGGCUGUUCCCUGGGAGCCCGUGGACGCCACUCGAGAUGUCCCCUUUUGGUGGCUGGGGACUGCUCUCGGCCUUCCUCGCCCUGCUCUGCUGCACAGGGUCUGGCGAGGAGGCAUUCGAGGUACGCAUGUGGCCAGAGCAGCUGAUGGUGGAGUCCGGGGAGUCUCAGGUGAUUAACUGUAGUACCACCUGUACCCAGCCCAACACCGGUGGUCUGGAGACCACCCUACACAAGACUCUCCUGGAGGAACAGGAUCAGUGGAAGCUGUAUGAGGUCUUCAACAUCUCCCAGGACACAGAUGUCAUUUGCCAUUUCACUUGCUCCGGGAAGCAGGAGUCCAAGAGCCUGAACAUCAGUGUGUUCCACCCUCCAAAGCAAGUGCUGCUGAAGUUAUGGCCCACUUUAGUGGCUGUAGGGAGAUCGUUCACCAUCCAGUGCAGGGUGCCCUCUGUGGCACCCCUCGAAGGUCUCACUGUCACCCUGCUCCAUGGCAGUGAGAUCGUAUACAGCCAGACCUUUGUGGGGACAACACUUUCCCCCCAAGAGGCCAUGGUCACCCACAACACCACGGCUCACCGGGAAGACGACCGCCACAACUUCUCCUGCCGGGCCGAGAUGGACCUGCGCUCUCGCGGCGGGGACCUCAUUCACAGCGUCUCAGAUCCCCAGGCGCUCGACGUCUAUGAGCCCGCACAAGACAACCAGGUGGUGGCCAUCAUCACGGUCGUGUCAGUGCUACUCUUCUUGUUUGUGACAUCUGUCCUGCUGUGCUUUGUCUUUGGGCAGCAGUGGCACCAGAGGCGGACAGGUACCUACGGGGUGCAAGCUGCUUGGAGGAGGCUGAGGUGGGCCUACCGGGCAUAGCCUACGUGAGCGGCAUGGCCACCAGCACGGCGGCCACUGGGACUCAGCAUGGCUCCUUAGGGCUGUGGUUCAGCCCUGGCUGAAGGACCACGACAAGCAGCAGAGGACGUCAGGGACCCUCCCUUUCCUAGUCUGAAUACAAACACCUGGACUUAA